AUUAACAGGCAAAAAUGGCUAGAGAAUGGAUACUUAGAGGCAAUCAAUGGCUAAAUAUGUUGGGUGAACAAUUAAGCUUAAUACUAUUUGUUAGGGGUUUAAAGGCGGCAAAAGUGUCAGAUACAGGAAAAAGGAUGUUUUCUGGAGUGGUUAUAUUGAUUAUUUUUCUUUGUUUGGGGCUUGGAGGAGUUUUUUAUGAUAAAAAAGAUGGAAAAAUGUUAUUGUUGAAAAAAUGUCUGAAAAGAGUCGAAAAUGAGGGUUUUUUUAGAGGGAAAGGAAAGGGAUCUAUGGCUUUUAUGGGUUUUUUAGUCUUUAUUUAUGUUUUUUUGGUUUAUAAUGUAGCAAUGUGUUUUAGUGGGUUACGAACCGUAAUAUUGAUAUUGCCUAUUUUUAUAUUUCGUAUGAUUGAAAAUAAGGAACAUAAGAGAAUUUUUAUUUAUAAGAGGAAUUUUUUUUUUUCUUUGUUUUUUCUAAUGUUGAUUGAUUUUCUAAAAAGUUUCCUAUUGAGAGCGGUUUUGGGAUACUUUUUUGUCGGAUUUAUAUGGAUUUUGUCUUUUAAUAUUGACAUUCCAAUCAAUUUGAACAGUUUUUUAUUUUCUUCUUUGUAUUGCGUACCAAUUGUUUUAUUUGAGUUUUUUUUGGGUCUUUAUGAUUCUAGGUAUUCAGUAUCUACAUUUAUUAUGGUUUUUUUUUCAAGUAUAGUUCAUAUAAUUUUAAGAUUUGUAAAAACAUCUGAUUCUAUAUAUAUGAUUAAAUUUUUUUGGCCUUUUUCAACAGUGAUUGUAAUAUGUAUGAAUUAUCUAUUUUCUAGGGAGUAUCCUGGUUUAAUUGAUUUGUUAAGUCUAUUUUUGAUAUAUUAUUGCUUUUACAAAAGCUUAAAUUGUUCUGAGAAUUAUAUAAAAUGUUAUUUUAAAAGAGAUGUUAUAGAUAUACAUAAAGUAAAAACUUAUUUUGCAUUUAUUAUGAAAAAUCCGGAUUCUCGAAAUAUUUUUUUCUUUUUUCUUUUAAAUUUGGUAUUCAUGUUUAUACAAAUGAGUUAUGGGAUCCUUUCUAAUUCUUUGGGUCUUAUUUCUGAUUCAAUUCAUAUGGCAUUUGAUUGUUUUGCAUUAUUAGUUGGGUUAUUAGCGUCUAUUAUAAGUAAAUUUCCUCCCUCAUUUACAUUCCCAUUUGGUUUUUCAAGGAUAGAGGUUCUUUCUGGCUUUGUGAAUGGUUUGCUUUUAUUAUUAUUAUCUAUAUCUAUUAUUAUAGAAGCAAUUUCGCGAAUAUUAAGUCCAAAAGAGAUCCAUUUAGAAAAGCUUCUUUUAGUUAGUAUUAUUGGUUUCAUUGUUAAUCUUUUUGGAAUUUUUUUAUUUAAACAUGGACAUAAUCAUAAUCAUUCUCAGAAUUUAGAUGGUUUUAAUUUUUUUGAGAAGAAACAUGGGAGUAAUGACUGUAUACAUAAUCAUUUUUUGAGUAAUUGCAUUAAUGAUAUUCAUAAUAAUGUCAAUAUUUAUGGUGUGUUUUUACACAUAUUCGCUGAUACUCUUGGUUCAUUUGGUGUGAUUGUAUCAACAUUACUUAUAUAUCAGUUUAAAUGGCCAGGAUUUGAUUCUUUGGCUUCAGUUCUUAUUGCGGUUUUGAUAUUUGCUUCUUCUAUUCCUUUAAUUUUGUCAUCUGCCAAGAAUCUUCUUUUAAUUGCUCCUCAUGAUUUUGAAUAUAAUGUUUAUAACGCAUUGAAUAAGGUGAAAAUGCAUUCAGGGAUUUUAUGUCUUGAAAAUUUUCGAUUUUGGAUGAAUAAUGAAAGCACAAGUAGUGGAAUAAUUCGUGUGGGCGUUAAGAAUGAUCAAGAUUUAAAUAUGAUUCGUCAGGAAGUAGAAAAAGUAUUAAAAGAAUCUAUAAGAGGACUUGUUAAUGUUACUGUUGUUACUGAAAGACGCUGA